AAAAACGACCUCCGGAUGGGCCUUCAACGGAUGGGUCUCGCGAGCACAUCCGCCUUGACCGAACCCAACACAAACCGCACCAGACGUAAAGUGACGGGGACUGCAAGGAAAAGAAGCGAAUCUUCCAGUCGCGUGGCGGAGACCGAUGACGGUGUCCGUGAACGACUCCCACCCACCGGACAACAAUACAAAGAGGUCCACUGCCUUAUUCUCACCUGGUCCUUUCAUGACCUCCGAGCAGAGGAUUACAUGGCCCCGCCAGCAGCUGAUUACAUCUCCCUCGAAGACGAGAGCGAGCGCUUGAUCAAAACCCUCAAGAACUACGGCUGGCAAGUCUCCGAGCACCAUAUCGACAUGAACCGGCCCGUCGAAAGCACCACCGCCAGACUCAACAAGUUCUGUCAGCUGGCCUCGGACGAUGUCUUGUUGGUGGUGUACUACCACGGCCAUGGUUCCCUUGAUGAGGACAAUGAACUCGUCUUUAGCAGCCACGACCACCCGGAAAACUCCGAGUGGGCCAAGAAAGCAGCUGCUGACUUGUACUCUGAGCUGCUAUCUCGCCAGAACGGAGGACACGGGCAGAACAAGGCGGCAUUUGAAGCCUUGAUGAAGAACGAGCGCUACCGCCCUAUAUCGCACCUCCCCUGGUCCACCCUCCGCCAACCCCUCCUCACCUGCCCCUCGGACGUCCUCUUCAUCCUAGACUGCUGCGCCGCCGGCGGAGCCAACCUCCCUUCCUCUUCCAUCCCCCAGUCCAACACCUACACCAAACACCUCUUUGCCGCCUGCGGCUUCGAGUCCUCGACGUCCGACGACAUGACCGCAACCUUGUGCAACAUCCUGGAUGACAACGCUGCGCAGGGCGCCAACAAGACUGUUCUGACGACAAAGAGACUGCAUCAAUUGAUAGAGGAAAGCCUCCAAAAGAAGAACAACGGGGUGGGGACCAGCCAGCCGAUUUUCAAACAGCUGCUGCCGUUGGAUCCGGAAAGGAAGAUACACUUGCCUAAUCUGGGAAACCACCCGAAGGGGAGAGGGAGACGGAGCAGGAGGGGGAGUCAGAGCCAUGCGAAUAUGAAGAUGGUGACGGUGAAUAGGAGGGGGAGCGAGGAGAGUAUGAAUGGGAUGAUGGUUCAUGGGGUUCAUCUUGGGAUGGGGAUGGUGAGGAGGGAGGGGAGCGUGAGGGGGUAUGUUCUUGCUUGA